AUCGUCUUUAAUAUUGUUUUGUCCUUCCACUAUAUCAUUGAAUACAGUUGCUGGACAGGUUCCGUCGUCUGAAGACCGCAUCCGGUCACAAAAGUCGGUCGGUCACGGGAAGCACUCCGGUCGUUGUGGAUACUAUCCGGCUCCAUCGCCGAACGUCAUCUCAAACUUUGCAACUUGCUUGUUCCGCUUUACGCUUCCCAGGCCCAAAGCAACUUGACAUACCAACACAUAUCCAAUGAACGAGGGUGCAGACGUAGAGAAAGCGCCAGGAAUCAUCUCUGAGCCGCGAUUGCCACUGCAUUCUUUCCCUCCGCCGAUAAUUAUACCGCCGCUGAAGCAGCCGCACCAGCAGACCAUCGUCCUCCUGCACGGCCGAGGUUCCAGUGCCAAAAUCUUUGCACCGGAGUUUCUGUCUGUCCCCCUGGAUGAUCCAACCACACAAUCAGGCCUGAAUACAUGUACCUUUCAAGAUCUUCUACCGCACACGCGCUUCGUAUUCCCGACUGCGCCGCGGUCGCGGGCAACUAUCUACAGGCGGUCCAUUAUCAACCAAUGGUACGACGGGAGCGGUGACUGGGAGGAAACGCUCUUGGGCCACGCAAAGGAGACGGUUGUGUUUAUACACUCUCUUAUCGAUGAUGAAGCUAUUCGGGUGGGCGGGACGGGUAAAGUUAUGCUGGGCGGCUUCAGUCAAGGUUGCGCUGCGGCGCUUCUUUGCCUGUUGAUGUGGCGGGGGAAGCCACUCGGCGGCAUACUUGGUAUGUGCGGGAUGUUGCCCAUGGCUGGCGUGAUGAGCGAGGCCUUGGUGAAGGGACAACGUCGGCUGGAUGGACUGCAUGAUGAGGCGCCAGAAUACUCUGAUGACGACCCCUUUGAGCACCCUGAUAACGACUCAAAUGCUGGCGGGGAAGGAGAUGAAGCUGAAUAUGAUCCCACGCAUCAGGCAUUGUGCAUUCUUGGAGGCGAAAUAGGUCUCCCGGUACCGGACCUGGCGAUGCGUCUAUCGUCCCAAGAGACACCCGUGUUUCUUGGUCAUGGAACUGCGGAUGCCAAUGUCUUGGUCCAUCACGGCCAAGAGGCGUCAAGAGUCCUAAGGAUGAUGGGCUUUGAUGUUGACUUUAAGACAUAUGAUGGGCUAGAUCAUUGCUAUUCGAAGAAUAUGCUGAUAGACAUGAUAGAAUUCUUUGGGAAUAGAGCACAGGAUUCAUGA